CAGUGGUCGCCGUCUGCUCGCUGAAGAAAAACAACAUGAAGUCGCUCUUGAAAUUACACUCAUUAAAAAGCUUCCUCAGGCCUUCUCUGCCCUCUGCCAUCGCCCAUGGACUCCCCGGCAGACAGUCUUCACACUUUACCUACGUUCCUGACACGGUUGCAGAGGCGGAAGGAGAGACUGUGAGGCAGAACCUGUUCCAGUCCAUCAAUUCAGCUCUGGAUUUUGCCCUGGCCACAGAUGACUCAGCUGUGAUAUUUGGAGAGGAUGUCGGCUUUGGAGGAGUCUUCCGUUGCACAGUUGGCCUGCAGGACAAGUAUGGAAAGGAUCGAGUGUUCAACACUCCCCUGUGUGAGCAAGGCAUUGCAGGCUUUGCAAUUGGAGUUGCUGUUGGAGGAGCAACAUCCAUUGCAGAGAUGCAAUUUGCUGAUUAUAUUUUCCCCGCUUUCGACCAAAUUGUAAAUGAAGCAGCCAAGUAUCGCUAUCGUUCAGGUAAUCUCUUCGACUGUGGGAAGCUGACGAUUCGCGCUCCCUGUGGGGCUGUGGGACAUGGGGCCCUCUAUCAUUCGCAGUCUCCUGAGGCAUAUUUUGCUCACACUCCAGGCCUCAAGGUUGUUGUUCCCCGAGGCCCCAUCAAAGCAAAGGGCCUCUUACUCUCCUGCAUUCGGGACGACAAUCCGUGCAUCUUCUUGGAGCCGAAAGUCUUGUAUCGCUCGGCUGUCGAGAUGGUACCCACUAAGGAAUACACACUCCCUCUCUCUACAGCGGAUGUUCUUGACGAAGGAGAUGAUAUAACUCUCUUGGGAUGGGGUACCCAAGUCCACGUCCUGAGAGAGGUGGCACAGAUUGCCCGGCAGCAGCUCAACGUGUCCUGCGAAGUGAUCGACCUUGUCACCAUCCUUCCCUGGGAUCGCCCAAAAUUUUCCUAA